AUGUCUGCACUGCACAGAUUGCAUGAGGACCGCCCUGAUUCAGGAUCUGCAAGAGACACAUCCUCAGACACAGCUAGUUCCUCCUCAAGUGAGCACUCCUUUGAGAUGAGAACUGGAGCUGUUGUGAUAGAUAUUGGCACAGGAAGUUGCAAAUCAGGGUUUGCUGGACAACAGAAACCCAUAUCUGAAAUCAGUACCUUGGCUACCUAUCCUUCAGAGCAGUCCCCAAGGUCAGAAGAGGCCAGGCCUCAUACUUUUGGGGAGGAAGCCUUACUUUAUACCAAUGUCAAUGUUCCUGGGCUUAGGCAGAGCGGCAUCAUCAUCAACUGGGAGGCAGCUGAAAUUCUAUGGCAGCACAUGUUCUACAAUGACCUCAUGGUCCCCCCUGAGGAACAUGCUUUACUCAUCACAGAUCCCCCCCUGAGCCCUACCACCAAUCGAGAAAAGAUGGUGGAGCUGGCAUUCGAGUUGCUGCACUCCCCUGGCAUUUACAUUGCCUCGCAGUCUGUCCUCUCAGUGUAUGCCCAUGGUCAGACUAGUGGUUUGGUUGUAGACACAGGCUACACCAUGACCCACACAGUACCUGUCCAUGAGGGUUACAGCUUAUCACAUGCAGUUGAGAGAAUGGAUAUUGCUGGAUCCCACCUGACACGUUACCUGAUGAAGCUUCUCAGGGACUCUGGGUACAUGCUCAGUGAAGGGAUGACCCAAGUCAUAGAAGACAUCAAACACAAAUGCUGUUAUGUUGCUUCUGACUUUGAAAAUGAGUGCUAUCUCCCGAAGGCCAUCUACACAGUGGAUUUCCCCUUGCCAGAUGGUCAGAUCAUCAGUCUUGGGAAGGAAAGGUUCCAGUGUCCAGAGGUGCUCUUCAACCCUCCUCAGGUACAUGGGAUUUCUUAUGUGGGUAUUCAUGAGAUGGCCCAGAGAAGUCUAAACAAAGUGCCAGAAGAAAUCAGGGAAAAAAUGUACAAGAACAUCCUCCUGUGUGGCGGGUCCUCUCUUUUUGAGGGUCUAGAGAAGAGGUUUUCCAGUGAACUUCUGAAAAAAAUGCCCUCUAAAGCCAAAAUUGGAGUAUCUGCCAUCCCCCUGAGGAGAUACUCCGCCUGGAUGGGGGGGUCUAUCCUUGCCUCUCUGAAAAAUUUCCAGUCAUGCUGGAUCCGAAAGGAGGAGUACAGUGAACAUGGACCGUGCAUUGUCCAUCAGAAAUGCUACUGA